AUGGAUUCGGUAGCCUUUCAAGCUCAACGUGCUGCAUAUUUUAGAAAAAUUGAUCAACUACGAUUGAAUAAUUCUAUAUUAUACUAUCAUGAUGAAACGUGGCUAAGUAGAAAUGAAGAAAAAGCAGUUGUAUGGUUUGAUGAUCAAGGAUAUGGUCGUCUUCGAAAUAGUCAAGGAAAAGGUCAACGUUUAGCAAUCAGUGCUCUUCUUAGUCAAAACGGUUUUCAUCUUCGUUCCUUAGAUAUUUUCAAGUGUGACGAAGUACAUAGUAUGGACAGUAAUCAUUUUGUCACAUGGAUGGACAGUGCAGCUAGUACUUUACGAUCUGAACAUGGCAAAACGACUAAAAUUGCUAUCAUUAUAGAUAAUGCCAAAUGGCAUAAUAAGCUUACUCCAGAAUCUGAACCACCUAAACGUUCAUGGAAAAAACAAUUAAUUGCUGAUUGGCUAACUACUCGAAAAAUUAAGUAUGAACUCUAUAUGACAAAGGCCGAGUUAAUACAAUUAGCAUUUGCUCAUUUACCUCCAAAAGAAUUUUUAGUUGAUAAAGUAGCAAGUAAAUAUAAUAUUGAAAUUGUUAGAAUACCAGUGAAGCACUGCGUCUUGAAUCCAAUUGAACUUGGUUGGUCCGGUUUAAAAAAUUAUGUUCGACGACAGAAUGUACAUUUUAGUUUGAACGAUGUUGAACAACUUUGUAAUGAAUGGUUAGCAGCAUGUACUCCUGAACAUGCUUCUGGUUAUUUUGCACAUGUCUAUAAACAAGAAGAAAUAUUUAAAACUGCAGACAAAUAUGUUGAAGAGAUAGAAGAUGAUCUGAUCGAUAGUGAAGAUGAUGCUGACCAUGAUACAUCAAAUGAUGAUGACGAUGUUGAUGAUUAA